GUGACAUUCGUAUUUUUGACAGCCAUACAAUUUGAGUUUUCAUGUUCAAUGUUCAUUCUUUUCGUUUGUCAGUUUUUUAAGAAAGCACACGUUUUAAAAGGAAAUCAAAAUGCAAAUUUUCGUUAAAACUUUAACUGGCAAGACAAUUACUUUAGAAGUCGAGCCAUCCGAUACAAUUGAAAAUGUUAAAGCAAAAAUUCAAGAUAAAGAAGGUAUUCCACCAGAUCAACAGCGUUUAAUUUUUGCUGGAAAACAAUUAGAAGAUGGAAGAACAUUAUCUGAUUAUAAUAUUCAAAAAGAGUCUACUUUACAUUUAGUUCUUCGUUUGCGUGGUGGUAUUAUUGAACCAUCUUUACGUAUUUUGGCCCAAAAAUAUAAUUGUGACAAAAUGAUUUGCCGUAAAUGUUAUGCACGUCUUCAUCCAAGAGCAACAAAUUGCCGUAAGAAGAAAUGUGGACACACAAACAAUCUUAGACCAAAAAAGAAGUUGAAAUAGAUAUUUAUCAUCUAUUUCGAUGAAAUUCCUUUUUAUUAAAUUGAGAGUAGUUUCAUUCUAACUUUUCAGUUUCAAUAAAAUUUAUAAUUUGAAAAAGAUUAAA